GUAUAAUAUGUGCCUUUUCAGAUUUAGUCUGUUAAAUAUUAUCAAUAGAGCUCUCCAUUACUGACAUGUGAUAGUUUUUGAGGCCAUAGUAGUCUGUUUAACGUUGACAUAUAAAGGGAACAUUUGCUCUGAUAGUUUAUACCUCUGCAAGGAGAAGAGUGAUUACGAAUGGAGAGGGUUCUGGACAACCUGCGUCUGCUAGAUGCCUACCCGAAGACCUUGGAGGACUUUAGAAUCAAGACCAUCAGUGGCGGAGUGGUGACUGCAGUGAGUUGUAUGCUGAUGCUGUUUCUGUUCAUGCUAGAGCUGCACUUCUACUUCCGAGUGGACCUCAUGCCAGAGCUAAGUGUGGAUGUGAACAAAGAUGCCAGACUUCAAAUUAGGUUCAAUGUGACGUUUCCACGAAUGGCGUGUCAGAUGUUGACAGUGGAUGCAGUAGACGUCAGUGGGGAACAGCACUUCGACAUAAACCACGAAAUAUUCAAAACCAGUCUCGAUCUGUCUGGAAGAGAGAAAGCAAAGGAGCCAGUUCGCCUCAAAAGUACUGCAGCGCCUGAUGAAAAGAAAGAGAAUGAAGUAGCGGUGCCGGCUUGUGGUAGUUGCUACGGCGCCGAAUCUGAGUCUUAUAAAUGCUGCAAUACGUGCGACGAUAUCAAGAAAGCUUAUUUUGCCAAAGGCUGGGCACUGCGAGACUACUCGGGUAUUAGCCAGUGUACAAAAGAGAAACCCCAAGUCAUUCCAGACGAGGGAUGUCGUCUCGCGGGAGUGCUACGUGUCAGCAAAAUUAGCGGAAACUUUCACAUCACACCUGGUGCUAGUUACGAGCAGUCACACAGCCAUGUGCACGACUUCCAGAAGAUAGCGAACAGAGAGUUCAACUCCACUCACAUCAUCCACUCGCUCUCCUUCGGGGAAGUGUAUCCACAGAUGCAGAACCCACUAGAUGGGACAGAGGAGAUCUCUAAAGAGACGAACCUGAUGCACACCUAUUAUGUGAAGCUAGUGCCGACCACCUACAUCUCAGUGAAUGGCUCCUCCCUCUCCACACACCAGUACUCUGUCACCCGACAUCAGUCCCAGAUCAACUUCAAGGCACUGGCCAACGGUCUCCCGGGUACAUUCUUCCAGUACGAGUUCUCCCCCAUCAUGGUGCGUCUCAAGGAGACUCCGCGCAGCUUUGGUCAUCUACUGACUGCUCUGUGUUCAAUUGUGGGAGGAGUAUUCACAGUGGCCAGUCUGUUAGACGCAUUCAUCUUCAACACCAGUCGAGUUGUGUCCAAAAAACUAGAGAUUGGAAAGUACGCACAGUAGAGAAUCGAAACAAAAUUCAGUCACGCUCUCCUAAAAUAGAAGCUAGAACAAAUACAAUCAAAUUGAAAAUUUGCGAUCACGUCAUAAACUAUUUUUACUCCACUUGGAUGAUGUUUUCUUUGAAAAUGGAGAAAAAAGAACAGAACGAGGCUAAAAACUGCUGCUCAUUUGUUGGCGAUUGAUUGUUAUUGAGGUCCUGUGAGAGGUGGAUGACGAUCGAAGCCACAACGUUGCAAGGAAAAACCUGGGUGCUAUAGUAUUGCAAUUAGUGUCGUUUUGUUUACCUCUGAAGAUUUGAUUCGAUAUUAUCUGUUAUGUUCUCGGUUCAUUGGUUGUAUGUUUUUGAUCGUUGAUAGUUUUCGUAUCUCCUCUCCUUUCAAAUGCAGUCAUUAUGUUUUUGUUGUACAUAUUUUAAUAGUUUUUUUCAUGUCCACAAAAUGUAAAUGUAUUUCAAAGCAAUUAUGAAUUCUUUAUUAAUGUACCGUUUACAGUUCGAUGUUUUGACUUUGGCGGUUAUAUCGUUUUCGCUCUGGAAAAUAAAU